GCAGCGAAUGGCAGCAGUCGAAGAAGCAGCGAUUUGUGUACGUGUGUGUUUUGACUUAGCGACGUGGUGAUUACCGAGCCACAGAAAACGGGCCUUACUUAUCCGAUCCGAUCCCGCCAGAAUCCAGCACUUCCAUGCAUAUGCGCGUCCCGGAAUUGCCGGCAGUUCGGCUGCCGCUGCUGCUGUCUCUCAUCCUAAUUGGUCUCUCGAGCGGCCAGCGAGUUGCGCCCGGCGUUAAUCCACAGCACUACCAGCAGGUUCCCCAGCAGGUGCCGCAGCACCACCCACCACCUCCGCCGCAGCACCACCAACCGCAGUACCAGCAACAGGUCCACUCUGCGCCCGGUGUUCCGCCCCAGCAAUAUCAAUAUGAGCAGCCGCAGGUCCCCGUGCCACAGCAACAGCAGAAUGUGCAGUAUCAGCAAGUUCCUGUGCAACAGCAGCAGCAGCCACCUAUUCACCAGCAACCGCCGCAGCAACAGGUGCAAUACCAGCAGCAGCAGCCGGUGCAGCACCAGCAGCAAGCUGGUGGUCACCACCACGGGCAACCGCAGCAGGUCUUAAACACCGGAAACAUCCAGCAGGAGCGAGCUCACAUUCAGGAGCACAUGCAAGUGCCCAUUGACACGAGCAAGAUGUCCGAGGCUGAGUUGCAGUUCCACUACUUCAAGAUGCACGACUCGGAUAACAACAACAAACUGGAUGGCUGCGAGCUGAUCAAGUCGCUGAUCCACUGGCACGAGCAAGGCAGCAAGGAGCAGCCGAACGGCGAGAAGCCGCACGUGGAGGAGAAGGUCUUCUCCGACGAGGAGCUGGUGGCCCUCAUCGAUCCCAUCCUGCAGAUGGACGACACGUCGCGCGACGGCUACAUAGACUAUCCGGAGUUCAUCAAGGCGCAGCAGAAGGCUGCUGAGAAGCAGCAGCAGCAGCAACAACAACAGCAGCAGCAGCCGCAGGAGCAGCAGCAACAGCAGCAGCCGGUUCAUUAGUAGUCACCCAGAUCCGUUCAGUUUGCAUAAAUUACCAUGUCCUCGUCCCGUGUUCUGUGACGUGCAACACAUACUCCUGUUUCUGCCCCAAAAACACCCUGAAAUUACGUCGACCUCGUCUUCGGUUUUAGCGCACUUUUUUAGAUAAAUUCGAAUCAAAUUUACUUAAUAUGCUGCAAGCAUUCCAAUCGGAGAACUAUAUUGAACAAAUUGUAACUUAUUGUCCUUCUGAGAACUUUAUCAAAAGAUUCCAACUUUCGAAUAUUUACCACGAAUCUCCUUCAAGUGGUUUGUGCAAUUCCAGCCGCUUUGUUUCGUUUUGUUUUCAUUUUCAUUAAUUUAGUUACUUUUCGAUAUGAACUAUUUUUUAAGCGCAACUUUAGAGCAGCAUAAAAACAGACUGAUUGUGUAAAAGUUUGUUUUGUACAAAAAAAAAAAAGAAAACUACGCGUAAACGAAGAGGAAAUCUUUUUGAAACCGAAACCUAUUAUAUAGACGCAUGCAACUCUUUGUAAGUAAAGCCGAUUUAGCGAAUAAAGUCAAACCCAAAUCACA